AUGUCUUCAACCAAGAGGGAAAAGGAUUCAGCGAUUUCUUCUCAAUCGUACAAGCACCGUAAAGGCAAAACACGUGAAGUCAGUUCACGAUUUCUCUCUCCCACCUCAACCACAUCGUUUGAAGCUGAAUUUUCGUCUCCCGGAGGGGCUAUCUCGCCGAUUCGACGCAAACAGGGGUCUGACAUUACUGAGAUCCGAAAGCAUCGGAGUAUGGAGGACCCGGCUCUUUUUCGAGGACAGCUUUGGCCUUCUUCGUCCUCUACGGUGAAGAAAAACUACCUUGGCGCUACUCUCGCGGAUCAUCUUGGUAAUGAUAGGCUCAGAGACUUCCUUGAUCGCAAAAGUUAUGAGAAAUCUGAAAAAACUGGCUCUGUUUUUACUCUCACUAAGCAGAGGAGUUGCAGUGUGUUCAAGAGGUUUGAGAAUGAUCAAAUUGAUCGUAGUAGUAAUAGUAAUAAUAAUAGCUCCAAGGAAAAUCAUCAACCCGCUGCUAUCGGUGGAUCUACGAGGUACACUGGAAAAAUUGGUUUUCCGGGAAAUUCGUCCUCGUCCGUAAAUUCCAGUUCUAAGGAUUUUAGUGUUGUUCCAGGAAGAUUAUCAGUAGAUGAAAAUGUUCUGUAUGGAAAAUCGGAAUCAUUUACUACGACUCUUGAUUCUGAAUCAGACUACAGCGAUGUCCCUUCAGGUACUUCUGAUUUAAGUUCCAAGAAAUUAGGGAUAGAAGUUCCAUCGAAGUAUAUGAAUCAUGUGUCAAGACGAAGCCGAAGAGGUACUUCGGAUUCGAACAUUCAGCAUCCAUUGUCAUCAGAGGACUCGUCAUUCUUAAAGAAAUUCACCAUAAAAAAUGCGAUCAAGAGGGCAAAUUCUCUCUCCGGAUAUAAAAGCUCAAAAUCGCAAUGGGCUCUAUCACCAGGGAGGUCAGGAUCGCCACCGAUGUCUGUGGAAAGCAAGGAGAAACUCAUUUCAUUUUCAAGCUUGAAGCCUCCCACAAGUCCUUCGCAUGCAGUUAAAGGCGUGGAUAAAUUUCUUAACAUGGGUUUCGAUUUCUUCAGGAGCAAGAAAUCGUCUCCAAAUUCAACUUUAACGGGAUUGAGUACUUCGGAUACUGUUUAUCAGCUUCGAUUGCUGGAUAAUCGAUUGAUGCAGUGGCGAUAUGCAAAUGCUAAAGCUAAAGCUGUGAAUAAAAGCCUUUCUUUUCAAGCAGAAAGCAAUUUACUAAAUGCUUGGAAUGGUAUCACGAAGUUACAACGUUCAGUGAUGCAAAAAAAGAUGCAAUAUGAGAAGGAAAAGCUUGAGAUGAAGCUUGACUUUAUAAUACAAUCCCAAAUUAAGCUAUUAGAAGCAUGGGGAGAUUUGGAAAGACAGCACAUCUCAGCCAUUACCGUGACCAAAGAUUGCCUUCAUUCUAUUGUCUGCAAAUUACCGCUAAUAGAAGGCGCAGAGGUUGACAUACCGUCAGUAUCUGUUGCUCUCAAACAUGCAUAUGAACUUACAGUUUCCAUGAAGUCAAUGCUAACUAGUUUUCCACGUGUGGCUGACGAGGUUGCAACAUUAAUAUCAAAACUCGCAGAAGUUGUUUCCCAAGAGAAGCUACUCUUAGAUGAGUUCCAUGAUCUUUUCCAGACCAUGUCUUUUCUUGAGGUGGAAGAGAGAAGUAUGAAGUGUGGGCUCAUUCAACUUCAAUGCUGGCAACAGCAAUAUUUGCAGCAGCAAUUACAACCAGAGAACUCUUCAUAGAUUACAUGUAAAUGAAUAAAAUGUUGACUAGUUUAGGUUGAUGCAUAACACGGAUACUUAUAGGAAAACAAUUUUGGAAGUAGUAGAGUUUUGUAUGAUAUUGAUGGUCGUUGAAAAAACCAUUAAUUCAAAUUGCUAGCAAGCAAAUGAU